AACUAGUUCACUACUACUGACACUAGUCGCGAUCGUCGCGCCAAGUCUGCAAAGACGGAGUAAAUUUUACAAAACUGCCUGGAAAACAAAUUGAAGCCGCGAACCAACAUUGCCAUCGCGCUGUAGGUAAGGCUGCAGCACUCUGCUUGUCCAGGCUGUAGCGGUCUGCUCAAACUCAAAGGUUGUCGCGCAUACGUCCUCACACCACUGCACUGACCACUGUGACCAGUUGAGCAGCGAGGCGGAGGAGGGACUGAACUGAACCGCUAUCACCAUUGAUGAUGGAGGACGCGGAGGUAGAAACAAGAAGUGUUCAGUCCGUACUUCACACCAUUGCUGUGCAGGUAUCCCGACUGCUAGCAACAUGUCAGCAUGUAGAGCACCAACAACCCCAGGCAACACCACAGAUACCGUCUUUACUGAGUGCAGCAUCGCAAGGCUUGCAACAAGCAGUCUUGGCACUGAGCAAUGCUGGCCGCACGCUUGCUGCAGAAGUCGAGGCACAGGGUGCGUCCGCAGGUUUGCUGGAGACAGGCUGCAACGAGGCCGACACGGCAGUCAGCUUGCUGAAAGUGGCCACGGAGUCUUGCUUGAAGUCCUUGCCAGGCGGGCCCAUGUCCCUGCAUACCGCUGCUCAAGCUAUUCUCGAUGCUACAAAAGCUAUUCUGCAUGCCAAUGACCAGUGGGAUGUGUUCAACAUUGUGGAGUCAGCUCAUGUCUUAUCAGAUCGACUUGAAGUUGUGACACAGAUACCGACGGAGAGAGCAUUGCUCGCUGCUUUCAAGAACUACACCGAGUCGCUGGUCACAUUAUGUCAACAGGCCGGCAAGAGAGAUCUCAUUGAUGAGGAACGCAGCCAAAUGAUUGCCAAUGCCAUAGCUUCUCUCACAUCUUCGCUGCCAUUGCUUUCAUCCAGCAUGCUAACAUAUGUACACUCCCCAGAUGAUCAGAGUGUCCACGAUGUGGCAGAAGUUAAAUUGAAGAUCAGCCUGGCUAUUAGUGACAUUAUACGAGCUACAGCAAGGCUACGCCUAGACCAGCAGCAGUGGCAACAACAACAACAACAACAACAACAACAACAACAACAACAACAACAACAACAGCAGCAGCAGCAGCAGCAGCAGCAGCAGCAGCAGCAGCAACAACAGCAGCAGCAGCAACAACAAUGGCAGCAGAGGCAACCGCAACUACUGCUGCAGCAGCGGCAUCAGCGACCUGACGAUGGUAGCUUCCAGGCAUCGGCAUCACGAUUGCAGCAACAGCAGCAGCAGCAGCAGCAGCAGCAGUUUGUUGAUAGCGGCAGUCAUCAUUCAACCAGGGCUGUGUAUCAUCCAAGUGAUGAUGGCAACCAGCAAGAAGCCAGAGUACGUACGGAAUACUCUGAUGCUAGUCCGUACCAUGUGGACAGUUCUCACACUCAACGAAGCGGCAUGCCAGCGAGAGCUAACUUUGAGCCUGCACAGGCAUCAGUACGAUCGGAACAAUCCUUCAGCCCCAGGGACUUUGAAAUGGCCGAGCGGCAACUUGCACCUCAAAUGCGCCUGAACUCUGCCGUCAAUCUUGAUAAGUACAUCGAGGCCAUCAUACGCGACAGCAAUGCAGUAGCUGUGUCUUGUGGCGGAGCUGCGCAGUCACGCAUAGCUGCUAUGUGUGAUGAAGUUCUGCGGCUUCGUCAGCAGUUUCAUCAACACUUGGAGAUGGUUCAUGCUCAGCCAAACAACGAGGACGCAAAAGCUCACUUUGAUAGCAUUGCCGAGCAGCUUGGCAAGCGCUUGAGGGAGCUGGAUACCGUCGUUGAGCAGGGAGUGGUGGACCAAGUCUCAUCCGUUCUGCCUGCAACCACACAGAUACCUGGAGAGGACCUGAUGGAGGCCGUAACACCCGACGUGCAGGUUCAGGGUCAACUCUUCUAUCCAGAGAAUGUGGUUGACAUUACGCCACACAUUGAGGAGUUCAGCCAGUAUGCCCGGCGUCUAUGUGAAGUGUCUAGGCAAGUGGCAUCCAGAUGGAAAACCACAAACACUGCCAAGACACUUUUGUCAGUCGUGGAAGAAACCGAGGCUCUUGUACCGGUGAUCAUCCGGAAAGCUGUGGAAAUGCACGAGAAUGCUGGCGACUACUCGGCUAGGCUGCAAUUGGAUGAGCUACGUGAGCAGUGGACGGCGAAAGUACAGCUGGUUAGCAAGAUCAUUGAUGACCUGACUCACUCAAAGCAACUCAUCGCCACUGCAGAGAGUCGUGUGCGAGAAGGUCUCCAGAAGUUCCGGAAUGGCUUACGUGACAAUGACAGCACCGCAGUCAAUGCGGGCGCCGAGGAAGUUGUCAGUCAAGCCCGGAGACUAGUUGACUUUGUCCGCAAAGACCUACCACGCACCGGCGACAGACAAGCCCAACAACACGUGAUGAAUACCCUUUCAGCUGUUGAAGAAGCUAUUCCUAAAUUCAUUGGAGCUGUGAAGCGAGCCCAACUUCACCCGCUGGACCAGCAAGCAGAGCGGGAAGUAGCCAGGUUUGCGCAGAGUAUUCACCAGGGAGUGACUGACCUCAGUAGCGCGGUCCGCUCUGGGGUUGUAUCAAUGAACACAGCCAGCAAGGCGAAGGACAAGAGCAAAUCCAAAGAAGUUCACGUGUCCGAGACUCAACCAUCUACACCAGUAAGUGCGGAUGUCAAGCCAGUGGCAUCCCCUCGCAAAGUGUCCAGGAAAUUACCCAGUACACCAACAGCAACAGCAACGCAGACACAGACACAGACACAGAGAAGGACUUCUACACCGGGUGCUGGGCAUCUGUUGAAAAAGCGUACACCAUCGUCAGCAUCCAUUCAAGAGCAACCAUCCAGCUCCUCAGUGACUAGUACGGCACAUGGUGGUCGUGGUGGUCAGCAACGCAAAUUAAGUAAAGACCGCACACAACGAGUGCGAUUCAGCGACACCACUGACAACAAAGAUGAGUCACUUGGACCGGAAACGCUGCGUUCAAAGCGCCUGCAUCGAAUCGAGUCAACAAACCGCAUCUACAGGCAGCCAAUACAUCGCCAUGUCAACUGGGUAGACUAUCUGGACAAGACUCAGAGAGAUAAGUCCACUAUAGGGCAGGUUGGAACAACGCUGGCUGCAGUCGCACUCAAACAAGAGCCGGAAAUGGAGGAGGUGAAGUCUAUGUGUCGCAGUGUUCAAGAACACACCGAUCGUCUGGUUAAACUUGCACAGCUUGGGAUUGAUUGCUUUUCGAAUGAUGACAACCUUGAUGAGAUACGUAUGUUGAGAACAUCUAUGACCCAGUUGGCAAAGAUAUCUCCACAACUUCAAUCAGCUGCUCUGAUCGUCUGUGAAGAAGGAGGCAUUGCCCUGUCUUCGCCGAUUCAAACACCCAAUGUUAAUCAGUUACAGGUCGAUUCCAAGGUCUGGGCACAACAUGUUCAAAUGAUAUCGACCACUAUUGACGAUUUCAUCAUGCCCUGGGCAGCCACUGCCAUGAAGCUGGCAAAGAACUCAUUGCAUGAACGAGGAACUGUGGAAGCUAAGGCUCCGGAGAUACGGCGACUGACUGAUCAAAUCCAGGCCAUGGCAAAUGCUGCGCUGGAGGCAGGAGAGUAUGACGCAUCUUCACUCCAAGAGUUUGCGUCAGGUCCAGAGCAGAAGGAGGCUGCGCAAUGUCACAAACUGGUCGCAUCGAUGGGUGAAGGUUUGGCCAACUGCACGGGGGAACUGAUCCGCGCUGCCAAGUCUGCAGUCCAGUCAGGAACAGCUCUGACAGCGGAGCACUUGCACUUAGUAUGCCGUGAGUGGGGUGUGCAUGCGUGUCGCUUGUCACGGCUCGUGGAUGAUGUCACCGUGUCUGCCACGCAGCACACACCAGCGCUUAGGACAGCGGUGCACAAUCGGCAGGACCUAGAGCAGUGUCUACACGACCUGCACGACUUCUCUAAUACUCUGCAGGACAUGGCCACAAGCGUGAUUGCUGGUGGGGUGGGAACACAAGAGGAUGUGGAGCACCUAAAGGCCUCAGCUGUGCUAUUGAAGUCGAUCAGCCUCUCCUUGCAAAACACAGCUCAAGAUGCCGUGAAGGAGAGGCCAAGGAUGGAGACUGGUGAAGCGAAUGACAAGCACCUGAUCAGCUUGGAGCUGCUGGAAGUCAAGGCCAGAGAGUGGAAUGCGAAGAUUCACAUGAUAUCGAUAUUAGUGGAUGAGAUGACAUCGGAACUGGGCACACCAAUGGAUCGCCUUGCUGGUGCAGCCCUCGCUGUCAGCAAAUGUACAGCUGAGGAGAGAGUUCAGCGUAUCAAGGUUCUCCGCUUCCAGGAAGAAGACAUCAAGCAGAGAGCAAAGCGAGUGCUGACCAAGGUGAAGAAGUUUGCCUCGGUGUCCAAGGACCGAGUGCGAAGCCAUGAGGCCAAUUCCUGUGCCCAGAGCUUGUCUCAGACCGUCCCACUGCUUGUCAAGGCUGCUCAUUGCAUUGCAGACCAGCCCGAUCGACUUGCUGUUCAGCAAUUUCAACACGCUCGCCGCUGUUGGGUGGCGAAGACCGCUCAUCUCAGUGCUCUGUUGAAGAACAUGGCCGAUUCUGAUCCAGAGUUAGCCGCAGAUAUUCAAGAUGAUGUUCUUGGUGUGAGUGAUGUCAGUGAAGAAGAGGCUGAGCUAGCUGAAGAACAACAGCUAGACCUGAACAAUGAGUUUGGAGAUGACAGCAUGUUAUCACCUAUUCCAGGUGAUCGGCAGCAAAGAAAUGAAUCCGGGGUGUUCAGUCCUCCACGAAUGGACCAAAUAACUAGCACGCCACAUCACAAAUCCAAACAGCACACGCUACCAGACAUCGAUGAAGAUGCAUCUCUGGAUAUGACUCAACAAUCGGAGAACUACUCAGUUGCUUCGGCGAGUACAUGGCUAGAUGACCAAGCUGAUCAGCCACCUACGUCGCGAUCCAUCAUUAUUGCAGCUCGCACACUGCAUGAUGAAGCCAGCAAGUUUGAUGAGGAGAGCAACUCGCUCGUACGCCUAGCCAAGAACAUGUCACAGCAGAUGUACCAGAUGGCUCAGUUCACACGCCGCAAGGGCCCCAUACAGUCAAAGAGCGAGAUGAUAGACAUGGCCCGCAAGAUUGCAAUGGAUAGUGGUGCCGUAGUGCGCUAUGCACAGCACAUGGCCGAACAGACAACCGACUGGAGAAUGAGGGCUGAGCUGCUGGACUGUGCCGAGGUCAUACCGACAUUCAGUACCCAGCUUAGCAUCCUGGCAUCAGUCAAGUCUGCGGCUUCAUCACCACGCGAUCGCGACACGUCUGCUGAUGCUAUGCUGGUGAAGAAUGCACAGAAUCUCAUGCAGACAGUCAUGAGGGCGAUGAGAGCAUCGCAGGCAGCCUGCAUGAAGGGACUGCAAGAACCAGGAGAGACGGAUGACACAAUGUCUGCGGAGACCAGAGAGAUGGCACUAUUGUGGAAACGACAGCUCAAGCAACGCCGUAGCCUGGAGAAGGAUAUUGCACCGAUUGGCUCACGGGGACUGCGCCGCUUCAGCCGUAAUCCAAAUGUGUCAUCCCUUGCUGAACUAAGCCUAACGCAUUGAAAUGCAGCAAGUAACUGAAUCUUUAUCAGAAAGAGGCUAUUUCUCCUCGAUUUAGCUAGGGCAUGUACGUACAUUUACUUCAAACUCACAAUAGAAUACCUAUCCCUUCAACGUAUGAUAAACUAUAUUCAUUGCUGUGAAUGACAUCAAUAGUGCAAGAGUGGCAGCAUACUCAAUUUACCUAUGAAUGAAAUAGGAGAUGCUAGAAUAUUAUUCUAGAAUGAGUAUAUGGAUUAUCAAGAGUUUUUUUUGCUACAUUUGUCAACGGUUUAACAUUUCGUUGCUUUGCUUUUUCUACUUUGGAAGUACUUGCUUGAAGUGCAUUACUAGAAUGUAGAAUAUCGUUUCAAAAGCAUAUGGCAAGUAUGCUCAGGUGCGCGUUAUAAUACUCCAGCAAAUAUAUACAUGUAGGUGGGGUGUUAACGUUACAUGAAUGAUCAUGAAGAGAGUUGACCCGGGUCUGCCACUAUUCUAAACUGUUACUUGUCAAAACAAAACAUGAAAAAUCUA